CGUAUUUUCCCUCUUUACUCCAAGUUCUAGAAAUUGAACAGUCGUACGAUUGGGUGACCACGAGAAUCUUUCCACGAUGAAGUUUUAUCUAACAUUUUUCCUCAGUUUUGUGGCUCUUUCAUUUGGAGCAGACAUCGAAGAAGAAGAAAAUGUCUUAGUCUUGACCGAAGCUGUUUUUGAUCAAGCUAUAAGCGACAAUGAGCAUAUUCUUGUUGAAUUUUAUGCACCGUGGUGUGGACAUUGCAAAGCUCUUGCCCCUGAAUAUGCCAAAGCAGCGACGAAACUCAAGGAAGAACGGUCGGCCAUCAAGCUUGCUAAAGUUGACGCCACUAAAGAAACUAAACUCGGUGAAAAGUACCAAGUCCAGGGAUAUCCAACCCUCAAGUUCUUUAGAUCGGGAAAACCGGUGGAGUAUUCUGGUGGCCGCACAGAAUCUGAAAUCAUCACUUGGUUGAAAAAGAAAACAGGACCCCCAGCAGUAGAACUAACAACAGCAGAUGAAGUCAAGGAAUUUAAAGAAAAGAGUGAUGUUGUUGUUGUUGGUUUUUACGCUGACAAGGAAUCUGAUGCUGCUAAGGCUUUCGUUGGGGCUGCCCAGGGUAUGGAUGACGUUCAGUUCGGAAUCGUACACGACGCAGAUAUUGCUAAAGAACACAAUGUUGCAGAAAAUGUGGUUCUCUUUAAGAAGUUUGAUGAAGGACGUGCUGACUAUGAUGGAGAACACAAAUCUGAAGAUAUCAUCAAGUUUGUCAAAGGAAACCAACUGCCUCUUGUGACAGAAUUCAAUGAUGAGAAUGCACCAAAGAUCUUUGGAGGAGAUAUUAAGAAGCAUGUUCUGCUCUUUGCAAGCAAAGAGGCUGAAGAUUUCCAGGCCAUCCAAGAAGCAUUUUCAGCCGCAGCUAAGGAAUUCAAAGGACAAGUUCUCUUUGUGCUUGUUGACACUAAUAUUGAAGACAACAGCCGUAUCUCAGAAUUCUUUGGAAUUGAUACUAAGGAAAUCCCAACCGUCCGCCUGAUCAACUUGGCAGAAGAUGACAUGACAAAAUACAAGGCUGAAACCACUGAAGUUACCACUGAGAAUGUCAAGGCUUUUGUCUCCUCAGUUCUUGAUGGAUCACUCAAGCCUCAUUUACUCAGUCAAGAAAUCCCAGAGGAUUGGGAUGCCAAACCUGUCAAGGUCCUGGUCGGAAAGAACUUUGAUGAAGUAGUCAAGGACAAAACCAAGGCUGUUCUAGUAGAAUUCUAUGCCCCAUGGUGUGGUCAUUGUAAGAAAUUAGCUCCAAUCUGGGAUGAACUUGGAGAGAAGUUUAAAGACCGUGAUGAUAUUGUCGUUGCCAAGAUGGACUCCACAGCCAAUGAAGUAGAGAGUGUUAAGAUUCAAAGCUUUCCUACUCUUAAAUACUUCCCUAAAGAUAGUGAUGAGAUUGUAGAUUACAAGGGUGGCAGAACUCUUGAUGAUUUUGUCAAGUUUCUUGAAUCUGAUGGUAAAGUAAACCAAGAACCCACAGAAGGUGAAGAACCAGCCCCAGAAGAAGAAGGGGAGGGUGUGGAGGGUGAAGAGCCUGAGGGUGAAGGUGACGAGUCUGAAGGUGCUGAGGAAGAAACUGAUGGAACAGAGGCAACCAAAGAUGAGCUCUAAAUUGUCUUAUCUGGUUUUUAAAUUUGAGCUGCAGAUGAUUUCUUAAUGUAAGAGAAUGUAAUGAACUUUUUCCAAAAAACAAAAUACAACUGUGGCCAACCAUUUUGAAAGUUCAACUCCAAACUAUUAGGAGCUGUUUUUUGAGUUCUAGACUAUCCUAGUCCGACAAAAGAAAUUAAUAUUGCUCAGUGAUUUGCAAGAAAAUGUUUUCCUAGUUGAAGACUUUCCUGCUGCAUCUUUUUGAUGAACUCAUUGGUUCAGGACUCCAUUUAAUUAAGCUUUCGUCGCACUAAGAUAAGUUAGGAGCAUAAAAUUUAGGAAUAAUCAUCUCUGUACCACAUCACUGUGAAAGACUUUUACUUAUUUCUCUUUCCUAGCAUUAUAUUCUGUGACCUCUGGUUAGGUAAUAUGUUUUAAACUCUUGUGUGUUUUCAAAUAGUUAAUAGGUUUUCAAAUCUUUUUUUUGGAAGUUUCUUCAACUCACACUCAAAAUAAACCUCUCACCACCUGGCUUAUAAA